AUGCGGGCGCAGCCCUCACGGCGUGCCGCCCCGUCACAGGCGCGGCCCCACCUGGACCAUGGCGGAUCUGCAUCCCCUCAACCCCUCCUCAUCCUAGCAUCCGGAUCUGCAGCUCCGAGUGCAACCAGCAUGGAGGCAGCGGUGCCACUUCCAGUGGCCAAGGUGAGCCCUCUUCCUACAGCAGCUGUGAGAUUGUGUAGUUUGGGCGCUAUUUAUGCAUUUGUGUCGGCGCUAAAGGAACCUGGAGAAUUUGUUGUCUUUAGGAUAUUGUGGUUGAGGUGGGCAGAGCAGUGGUGCAAUGGGCAUCUAGUAGCAAGGUGGCUCAAGUCGUUAGCUGGGUUGAGGAAGGUGGAGCAGCAGCAGCAGCAUCAUAAGGAGGAUGCAGAUGUUGGAUGA